AACAAUUUUAUCAAAUUUUUCGACAACAGCUGCAGUCUUUUAUUACCAAUUUAGUGCGUUUGCGCCAAAUCCGCUAUUUGUUUUAAUUUCACAAGUUUGUUGUGAAUUUUAACCGGCUAAUAAAUACUUACUUUGACAAAAACUUCAGAAAAUGUCUACAAGACGGCAAGUAAUUGCGAUUUAUCGCCAACUUUUGCGUGAGGCUCAAAAAAUACCUGCCUACAAUUUCAGAAUGUAUGCUGGUCGUAAAAUACGCGAUACAUUCCGUGAGAAUAAAAGUAUUAGUGAUUUCGCGAUUAUCGAUGAAAAGUUGGCGGAGGCAAACCAAAAUUUGGAACUCAUAAGGCGACAGGUAAUCAUUGGACACUUAUACUCAGCCGAGAAACUUGUCAUCGAGCAACCUAAAAAGGCACUUCGUCGCUCGAAAUGAAAGAUCCAAUUGAAAUAGUUUUGAAAUACACUAAAUACUGUUGCACAUUGUUAUAUUCGCUACAUCAUAUUAUAUAUAAUUAGCAAUACUACGCCAAUGACUUUGUUUAUAUCGCAGCUGCUGCAUUUAGUUUAGUAGGUUAAAAUUUUGAAAAUGCAAAAGAGAAAAAUUUUAAAUUAAAUAAAAACUACGUUUAAAUGUUAA